AUGGCUGAGGAUGACAAGGAAGGAAAGAUCGUGGGUGAUACUGAUAACGUUGUGAACGUUUCUCAGGACUUGCAAUCACUAAUUUCAAAGAAUUCCGAGCUGGGCUCGAGAUUACUGUCACUGCUACUGGUCAGCAGUAGUAAUGGGAAAGAAAUUAUUGAGGCCAUCAAUAAGGGGCAAUUGAGUCUGAUACAGAGUUUGGACAUGAACCUUGAUGUCAAAGUUGCCAAAGAAGGCAAAGGUAUUUUAGAUGAGAUGAUUAAGAAGAGGAAGAGUACAGAGGCCUCUGCGAGGUUUCGAGUGCGUAAGAAGCAAAGGGAACAGGAGAAACUUAAUGAAUUACGGGAGUUGAACUCAAAGAUAGGUGAUUUGAACAGAAGAGUAGAUGUCUUGCUCGAAGAAAAUCGGUACUGGAAGGCACAGUUGGAGAGAUUGAAUGAUAAGAGGUCUCGAGAGUUGUUGGAAAGUAUAAAAAAACGUAAUUCUUCAUCAUCAGCAUCAGCAUCGUCGUCAUCGUUACGGGGGUAA